AUGGUGGCCAAGGAGCUCGCUAAACUCAACACGGACUCGCUGUUCAAUCUGGUGGAACUGUGGCUCAAAAUGAGCGCGACUCAGCCGAAAUUGUCCAAAGAUCAAAGAGCUCAGGGACUCACCCAAAAACAGCUCCUCGAGUACUGCAACGAUACCCUCAAGGCGCUGAAAGACCAGAAGGCGCCCAAAAGAAAACUGAUUGACCGUCUUCUGGUGGAUUACUACCCGUCAGGCCUAAAUGCUCUGCAAUUGGCACAGAUAGACAUACAAAUGAUGGUUGACAAACCAAACAAUUACAGCUGGGUCUCGUCCACAGCCAAAAUCGUGAAAAGAAAAGAUGACGACGACACAAACAGCGUUCUCGAGGACUUCAUCUUCUCGCUAGACUCGCAGGCGUUUCUCGACCGUCUUAUCACCAAUUUGUCAAACCUUUAUCUAACGCAUAUCUAUAUCUCCAGACACCCGAAUUUCCCUCUUAUUCUGAUCAGAAUCCAGAUGUACGAGUAUGUCCAUUUCAAAAAGACGCGGACCGCCAACCCUGCCGUCGCAAACAAGAACCAGCCUGAUAUUCUCUCUCGAACGCCGUACUACCUGGCUAUUCCAAUGAGCUCGCCUAAUCUGAUCCACUCGGCCGCCAACGAGGAGGAUCUUGUUUCCAAAAUCAUCCUUCAGCCGUCCACAUCCUCAAAGGUGUUUCACGAUUUGGCCAGUCGCUUGCUAGCUGGACGCCUUAUGCCGAUGGAACAGUGGAUAUCAACCCUUUGGGAGCAACAGAAGACCAUCUCAGCGUCAACCCAUCGAAACUGGCCAUGGGGGAAGACAAGAAGAGUCUUGUUGCAUCUCUCAAGUUCAAAGGAUCAACAGCACUCGUCCAAUCAGAAACCCUGUACGAGACCAACAAGCCACCACCGAAAACUCGCAAGCUCAACGACGAGCAACCAGCACAGUCGAAAUACGCCUCUUUGGUCCCCGUUCAGUACGGAGAGUAUAUUCUUGAGGACACACUUCCAGGGGCGCUGGAAGCUCCUAAAAUCAAGCUCCGACUCCUUGGCAACGAUAUCUUUGCAGGCCUGCACCAGUUGGCUGUUGACGGCAUAA